UUGGGCACGUUUUUUUUUUGCUGUUUCAAUUUCAAUUGUGGAAAUCGUAGAAAAAUCGCCAAAACGUACUAAACCAACCGGUCAGAGCAGCGCCAGAGCGAGCGAGCGAGACAGGAAGCGAAAGACAGAGGGAGAGAGGUAGAGACGGCUCGCCGAUAGAACUAGCUGGAGCAAAAGGACUAGACUCACAGACCCGAUAAAGCCCUGGGAUCAGGCGCAAUAUUUAUUAAACAAAGCCAGAAAUUAAUUUCACGACUUUCGUCGGACGACGACGACGACGACGAGCUGCAUCUGAGUUUCAUCUGGUUAAAGCGUGCGCAACGCCCUGCAUGCCGCAGCCGGCUUCCUUAGGCGCAGCUUGAACUUGCACUCAGUUUGAGCGGGCCACAGAGAUAGAGAGAGAGAAAGAGAGACAGACAGAGCAAGAGAGCGAGCGAGGUAGAGGGAGAGCAGCAGUUCGGUGACUGCACCAGCAAAAUGUACGACAUCAAGCGCCUGGAAGCCGGACAACAGCAGCUACAACAACAAAUACAGCAACCCCAACAACAACCACAACAGCUACAACAACCAACACUUGGACAUACUCUAAACGAUCGCCUGAACGGCUCUGCGCCGCUUCAGCUCACCUGCAGCGUUAUAACGCCCACGCCGCUCGCUGCAACGACGCCGAAGAGCCACUGCAGCAGCAGCUGCAGCAGCCACAGCAGCAGCCCCAUUGAAGCCACACACAUGACGCUGUUGACGCUGCGUCGUCGCCGGGCGUUCCAGCGUCGCGCCUGCCUGCUCAGCAUACUGGCCGCCUUUGUCUUUGGCAUGGCGCUGGGCGUCAUCGUGCCCAUGCUCGGACUGCCCGACUACUUUGCCAACGACAGCAGCGGGAGCGAGAGCAGCGGCAGCGGGAGCAGCGUUGAGUCAGCGGCUGCCACACUUAAGCUCAGCGAGGAGCCGUCCGGCAGCAACUACGAGCGACCGCCGCUGCCGUACAGCGUGUCCUUUAUACGCGAGGAGGCCGAGCACCUGGCCAAUGUGGAGCUGAGCGCGGAGCAGGUCUUUCGCAAUGCCUUCCAUCUGGAGCAGGACAAGAAUGCGCCCGACUCGAUGAUAGUCAAGAAACUGGAUACCAACGAUGGCAGCAUCAAGGAGUUCCAUGUGCAGCGCACCGCCAACGGACGCUAUCGCAAGGGACCCGAGCGUCGCCUGACCAAGACCCAGCCGCAGCCGGAGCGCAGCAAAUCGCAAGCCAAGUCCCAGCAGCCGCAGCAGCCACAGGGCACGGCGGGCAUCAUUGAGUCGGACAUCUACUGGGGCGAGAUGGUGGAGCGUGCGCUGCCACAGGGCUUUGCUGCCGCGGAUCAGCAGAGCUGGGAGCGCUAUGUGGCCGGCCAGGGUCAGGUGGUGCGCCUGGAGCAUGGCUGCGGCCGCAUGCAGAAUCGCCUGGUCGUGUUCGCCGAUGGGACGCGGGCCUGUGCACGCUACCGCCAGAACACGGAUCAGAUACAGGGCGAGAUAUUUAGCUACUAUCUGGGCCAAUUGCUGAACAUUAGCAAUCUGGCGCCCAGUGCAGCGACAGUCAUUGACACCACGACGCCAAGCUGGUCAACGGCAUUGGGCGACAUCACCCAGGCCCAGUGGAAGGAGCACAGGCCGGUGGUGUUAACGCGUUGGCUGGCCGAUCUGGAGCCAGCCGGCAUACCGCAACCGUUUCAGCCACUGGAGCGGCAUCUCAACAAGUACGAUGUCUGGAAUAUAACACAGCAAAUGCAGCGGGAGACGGCAGAUGAUGGUACGAUUGAGUCGCGCGGAUUACUCAAGCGGCUGGAGGCUGCCAGCGGCCAAACGGGCGCUCAUCAAUCACGCACGCUUGAGGAGAACGCCACAGAGUUGUCCUCAGCUGCCGCAGUCGCAGCCGCAGCCGCAGCCGCAUCCUCGACAGCGUCAACGUCGUCGUCGUCGACGCUGCUGCAGCGACUAAUUGAAUUGGCACAAUGGUCCGAUUUAAUCGUCUUCGAUUACCUGAUCGCGAACCUCGAUCGUGUCGUUAAUAACUUGUACAACUUUCAAUGGAAUGCCGACAUUAUGGCUGCGCCGGCUCACAAUCUGGCACGGCAGAGCGAUACGCAGCUGCUCGUGUUUCUGGACAACGAAUCGGGCCUACUCCAUGGCUAUCGGCUGCUCAAGAAGUAUGAGGCCUAUCACAGUCUGCUAUUGGACAAUCUGUGCAUCUUUCGACGACCCACCAUUAAGGCGCUGCAGCGUUUGCGUGUGGAGGGCGCGGGUCGCCAACUGCGCGAUCUUUUCGAGCGCACAACCAGCCCGAAUGUGCGUGAUGUGCUGCCCUCUCUGCCGGAUAAAUCAAUCAAGAUUCUGGCGGAACGCAUCGAUCGCGUGCUGGCCCAGGUACACAAGUGCAGGGACAGCAACAAGAGCAGCUAAUGAAACGAACGAUAACGAAU